UGACAUCUCAACUUCCGUCUCCGCGCCGUUCGACAGUCUUCUGUUCUCUUUCUAGUUUGAACGUCCAAACAAGUGAGUUGUAUUAAAUUUUUUGUGCCGCUCUCGUUUCGUGUCGAAAGGACUUAAAAAAUGCGUUACGUGGCUGCAUACCUCCUGGCUGUCCUCGGCGGAAACGCCAGCCCCUCGAAUGCCGAUAUCGAGAAGAUCCUGAGCUCGGUCGGUGUGGAAGCCGACUCGACCCGCGUCACCAAGGUGGUCAACGAGCUGAAGGGCAAAUCGGUUGAGGAACUGAUUGCCUCCGGCCGCGAGAAGCUCUCGUCCAUGCCAGCUGGUGGUGCUGCCCCUGCUGCUGCUGCCGCCGCCACCGGUGGUGCCGCUGCCGCUCCGGCUGAGGAAAAGAAAGAAGAAAAGGAAGAUACGGAAUCCGAGGACGAUGACAUGGGCUUCGGUCUCUUUGAAUAAGGGAUUCAACCACAUCACACAGGAUGUGUCGAUGACCAUACGUUGGGAAGGUACAACUUAUUUAUUUCUGUGAAAUAAAUAACAGAAAAAAGGCAUAAAAUAAAAUCAAGGAGGACACUCUUUAAAAAGCCAA